CGCUUCCUUCCUACGCAGCCGCUGCCGUCGCUGGAGCUUUGCCUCUCUAGGCCGGGAGGGCCUGUUCUCCAUGGUUCUGUCUGUCAGCAGUAUUUCGGGGGCCAGCAGGUGAGGCUGGGCUGCGCUCGGACCCUUCGAUCCUCGAGUCCGUCACCGGUGCCGGGGCGGCACGGAGCCCAUGGCGCGGCGGCGCUGACCCAGGCCCGGUUGGCGGCCGGGCCCCGCAGGCCGGCAUGGCGGGCCAGUUCCGCAGCUACGUGUGGGACCCGUUGCUGAUCCUGUCGCAGAUCGUCCUCAUGCAGACCGUCUAUUACGGCUCACUGGGCCUGUGGCUGGCGCUGGUGGACGGGCUGGUGCGCAGUACCCCCUCCCUGGACCAGAUGUUCGAUGCCGAGAUCCUGGGCUUCUCCACCCCUCCAGGCCGGCUCUCCAUGAUGUCCUUCGUCCUCAAUGCCCUCACCUGUGCCCUGGGCCUGCUGUACUUCAUCCGGCGAGGGAAGCAGUGUCUGGAUUUCACUGUCACUGUCCAUUUCUUUCACCUCCUGGGCUGCUGGUUCUACAGCUCCCGUUUCCCCUCGGCGCUGACCUGGUGGCUGGUCCAGGCCGUGUGCAUUGCGCUCAUGGCUGUCAUCGGGGAGUACCUGUGCAUGCGGACGGAGCUCAAGGAGAUCCCCCUCAACUCAGCCCCUAAGUCCAAUGUCUAGAAUUGGGUCCUUUGGACACCCUGCUGGGCCCUUGGUCACCCCCAACACCUUGGGCUGCUCAGACCCUCCAGAUGAGGUCCAGCCCAGGUCUCAGAGGAACCCUGGAAAUGUGAAGUCUCCGUUGGUGUGGGAGAGAUAGUGAGGCCCUGUCAAGAAGGCAGGUAGCAGUCAGGGCCACAGCUGCAAGAAUGGCCUCUGUCUGCUGAAGCCUUGGUAUCAGGGAGGUCAGCAAGGGGACCUCUUUCAGGGUAAUAACAGAAUUGGAACCAUUCACUCUUGAGCCACCAUACCUGUCACCAGCCUGUUAUUUUAAAAAAGAAAAAAAUCAAGGAUAUCUGAUUGGAGCAAACCACUCUUCUAGCCAUCUGUCUUACCUCCCUGGGACAGCUGUUACCUUUGCCAUGUUGCCAAACCACAGCCAUUCAGUUUGGAGAAACGCUUGGUUUCUGGAUCCAUAGCCACAGAAAGAAACGUAGGUGCAAAAUAUUAGGCUGCUGUCAGGGAGAGAACGGCAGAUGGAGGCAUCAAGCACAAGGAAAAUGCACAACCUGUGGCCUGCUACACGCAUCUGCACGUGCACCCAUGAACCCAAGACUCACUCUUCAGUUCUCUACUGGGUCCCCACCCUGCCGCCCGCUUUCGACAAAGCAGGCUUCAGGACCCAGAGAAGAGUUUCAGCAUCGCUCCCAGUCCAACCCUCAUAAUAGAGUCACUGCCCUAGAGUCACUGCAGGUUCUCUAGGAAUGACCAGGCACCCCAGGUCCCACUGGACCUCAGUUCUUGUUUUCCUGCCUUAUUUGGAAUUCUAUAUUAGGAAGGGUAUGAUGGGUGUCCAGAGACAGGAAGCCCAGCCUUCCAGCUCAAUGCUCUGGUACUGCGGAGGGAGAUAGGAAUUUGCUGCUAAGUUUUUUCUUUGGGGUGGAGUGUCCUCUGUGAGGGGCCUGCAGCUGUCCUUCCUGUGUACAUAAAUACAGUAUUUUCCACGGUUCUG